AUGGCGCUGAAGCAUAACAUUUUCUUGGCACUUGCCUCGUGCUUUCGUUCAGCUUUUUGUUUGUGGGGUUGUGCUGCGGUUUUCAUGCGAAAACUUAAGUAUUCAAAUUUUGUCGUCUUGAAUCUGCUGUGCGAUUUCGCGUUACGCCAAUUGCAUCAAGAACGGAACGUGUCCGAGAGAAAUUUCUUGCAGAGCAGCUGUUUAACGAGGGAGGAUGUUCAGAGAGAGUACGGAUCACAAGGAGUUACAAAAUUUCAAGGAAGUGCCCUGGACAUAAUUAUCUGCUUGAAUUCUGAAUAUGUGGUCGGAGAAGUGGCAGAGCUUGUUGUAUCUCAGUGGGCCAACAAUUUUCAAAGUUCCAUGGAGAAUGCUUUCAAAGAGAUGGCGCAACAGAUAAGCUCAUUGAAGAAUGACGUUCAGAAACUGAUGGAAACAGUGGAGCUUGCAAUUAAUCACUCUCCCCACCUUGGAAGGGCUAAUGCUAAAUCUAUGGGAGAAAAUGAAGUGAGAAACUUACAGCUUCAAGUUCAAACCAAAGUGUCAGACACUCUAUUUACUGGAAAGAAAGUAGAAGAAGAGGGGGGUGCUCGCAUUUCUGUUGCCUUGAUCGAUGCAAAUACAGGGGAUGUUGUUAGAUCAGACAAGGAAUCCUUCAUAAGGUUGGACGUCGUCGUGCUUAAAGGUGGCUUCAACAAAGAUGACGGGGAUAACUGGACAAAAGAAGAGUUUGACAGCCAACUGGUUAAAGUACGUGAAAAAAAGGGGCUGCUUUUGACAGGAGAUCUCCAAUUGACACUCAAGGGAGGUGUUGGGGAGCUGGGAGAACUGAUAUUUAGGGACAAUUCCCGCUCGGAUGACACUGAAAAAUUCAGGAUAGGGCUUAAGGUGGCAUCAGGUUAUUGUGAGAAUACACGAAUCCGAGAAGGAAAAACAAAUGCCUUCCGGGUCAAGGAACGUAGAGGAGAAUCAAACCAGAAACAUUAUCCACCUGCAUUGGAUGAUGAGGUCUGGAGGUUGGACAAGAUUGCCAAAGAUGGGAUAUCUCACCAAAAAUUGAAGAGAGCUGGAAUACAUAAAGUGCAGGGCUUUCUCCAGCACCUGCAUAAUGACUCCAAGAAACUGAGAGAGGUUCUUGGAAAGAGCAUAACAUCAAUGCACUGGGAGUGCCUUGUAGAUCAUGCAAAGACUUGCACAAAUUGGAAAACUUAUGAGAACCAUUCUAAUGACAUGAGCAAGCAUGCUGCUGUAUUCAACACUGAUCGUCAGCUGACCGGCCUAAUCAACGACAUUUUAUAUUCAGCUACUGAUCGACUUUCUGCCCAAGAGAAGGAACCUGGAGAUGCAAUCAUAAAAAAGGCGGCCUUUGAUAAUUGGAAUGAUGUUGGGGAGUUCCAUUGUGAGAUCUUUUCUGGUUCGAUGCUAAAGAAUAGCUCUCAAGUUAUUGAAGGACAAAUUGGAAAUCUCAUACCUGUUCAAUGUCAUUCAGCUCCACGAACCUGUGCCACUUCAGUUGGUCCGGAAGCUCUGCCAGCAAAUGCGGGCUCCCCUGUUGAAGUUCUUUCUCCAGGACAUAAUGGUGUAGCCGAUUUGCCAUUGCCGGUACAGUCACAAAUUACCGGUUGUGGGGAUGCCAUGGAGUUUCCAGUUGAUGAAAGUGCUCCUCCUGCUGCGAGCCAGCACCUAUCUGCAAACCGCCGGAAUGCUCAAUUUUCUCAGGGAGAUGGUGGUAGUACUUGCUUCGGACAGCCGAUACAGUCGCCUGAUAUCAUUUCGCAGGAAGCCACAGGUAGCCAAGUGUCCAAUCCGUGGAGGCAAACGGACUCUACUACAGUUGGAGAGGUUGCUCUCCCCUCUGAACCACCAUAUGCCCCUCGUCCUGAAGGCAAUCACGCAAUGGAAGAUUCCCAAUUCGACGAUGCAGAUUAUCCAAUGGAUUACUUGAGCAUACUAGAUUUUGGCACGACGUUUCAGACCCCACCAGGGGAUGAUGGUUCUGUUUAG